AUGUUGCUCACUGAUAUACUUCUGAUAUUUCUCGUGACACUGAUAUUCGUGUACUUUUUGGUCUUGAAUUCUCGCUAUUUGUAUUUUAAACAACGUGGCAUUCCAAGUCCUCCACAUCAUUUUUUCUUCGGUCAUUACAAGUCCAUUUGGUCGAGUCCUCUGUUAACUCAUCAAUUUCAAAAAUGGACUCAACAGUUCGGUUCGAUCUAUGGCUUAUUUGAAGGUACACGUCCAUUAUAUGUUGUUUCCGAUGUUGAAUUUCUUCAAGAAGUAUUCAUUAAGCAAUUUUCAUCGUUUCAUUCGCGACGUCUACCAUUCAUUCUUCAAAAGUCAGCCGGGAAUAAAGUUCAUCUAUUGAGUGCCGAUGGAGUGAAAUGGCAUCGUCAACGACAUAUUAUUAAUCCGGCAUUUACGUCGGGUAAACUCAAAUUGAUGACUUUCAAAGUUCAUGAAUGUGUCGAUUCGUUGAUCAACAAAUUAGCUGAACAUUGCGAUCAACAAUUUAAUAUCUAUCUUCUCUACAAACGAUUGACGAUGGAUGUAAUUUGUCGCUGUGCAUUUGGAGUUAUCACAGAUAUGCAGAACGAUAUUGAAAAUGAAUAUUUUGCGAAAUCUGAAGGAUGUGUAGCAGAAAAUCUAGAAGGAAAUCUUUUGAUUCGAUUGGGACAUUUGAUGCCGUGGCUUAUUCCGUUUCUCACUUAUAUUAUGAUUGGACAAGUUCUAUUCAAACGUCUAAUGCAUAAGUUCAUACCGAGUAUUGAAGAAAUGCCUCGAUUUUGGCUCAUAGAACGUGUACGAUAUUUAGCUGAUAUGCGUAUAUCAUCCUCUCUCAAGAGUGAAACAAAACAUCAAACCGAUUUACUUCAAUUAAUGCUUGAUGCUGCCACACGAGACCACACCAAGGAUAACAUGUCGAAACUACUUCAUUUCGAUGAAGUGAUCACUAAUAUAUAUUUAUUCAUGAUUGCUGGCUAUGAAACAACAUCGACAGCACUGGCCUAUUCGACUUAUAUUUUGGCUAAAGAACCUCUGAUUCAACAGAAACUUCAACAUGAAAUUGAUCAAUGCCCGGAAACUGAUAAUGAAUAUGACCGUGUUCACAAUAUGAUUUAUCUCGAUUGGUUUGUACGUGAAGUUUUACGAAUGUUUCCCAUUGCACCACAAGCCAUGUCAAGAGAAUGUAAUACAACUACGGUUGUUUGUGGUCAUUCUGUUGAGCGAGGUAGUGUUAUUCAACCAGAUGUGUUGACUAUUCAUUAUGAUCCUGACUUAUGGGGUCCAGAAGAUCCAAAAAUAUUCUUUCCAGAACGACAUUCAGUACCAAGACAUCCAAUGGCUUUCAUGCCGUUUGGUCUUGGUCCACGUAGUUGUAUUGGAAAACGAUUUGCUUUGAUGGAAAUGAAAAUGUGCCUUGCACGUCUACUGCAACACUAUUCAAUCUAUCCUGGCGACCACAUGGAAGAAAAAUUCAAGCUCAAAGACACUCUACUUAUUUUACAACCAGAAAAUGUCUAUGUGGAAAUUAAAAAACGUUCAUUAUAA